AUGAACUGUUUAGCAUAUAGGGCAAAUAGAAUUUGUAGUCCGGAGACUUUGACCGAAGAGUUGACCUAUAUAAAAGACAUCCUCAAGAGGAACGGAUACCCAGAAGCGUUUGUUCGACGAAAUAUGGAAUCGAAACCAACCGAUGCGAAAGUACAAUUGACAAGAAAGAAGAAGGUGUUUGCCAACGUUUCUUUCAAGGAAGACAAGGAAUUAGAAAUUCUGGAAUAUCCGUUAUCCAAAGCCAUUUCUUAA